GUGCGUCUUCAUGCACAUCACCCUUCGUGUUGCAUCUCAACUUCCGCGCCUCACCCUGUUCUCUGGUCCCAGCUGCUCUUUGUGCGAUCGAAGGAGGAACUAGCCAAAGUCAGGAGGAAAAGACCCUUCCACCUAGAAACAAUCAACAUUCAAGACCCCGGUCAGGAGCGGUGGAAACGCAAGUAUGUUUACUGGAUCCCGGCGUUACAACUAGAGGGCAAGGAAAUAGCGAAAGGAAGAUGGGAUGCGAGGGUAGUACUACAGGCUCUGGAGGAGUGGGAAUCUCAAAAACCGGAGAGCUCGACUUGACUCGAGAAACCCAAACAGCCGAACGCACAUUUCCAGAAUCAGAGCUAUCCCAUAUCCCUUCCGAAUUCCUUUUUUUCUCCGACCCCUGUCCUUCAACGACCUUUUACAACGUUUACGGAGUGUACAUUCGAAACUCGGAGACCGUUAUAGGAGACCCAGAUUCUUACUCGGUAGGAACGAAUGAACUAGCUGUCACCUCUCACUGCUUCAACUGCGGUGAUCCAUCACACGCCGUGUCUGCUUGUCCUUUCCGGUUUAACAAAGAACUUAUUGGGCUCUCGAGAUCGUACUAUGAGUUUUUUCGCGACAUCUAUAACGAACCUCGUAUUGGAGGCGAUUUUUCGGAGAGGCUAUACUCAGUAGAGGAGUGGAAACAAACCCGGCUUUCCUGGGUUGACCAAUUUGUUCCAGGCGAGAUGAGAGGGCUUGAGCUCAGGGAAGCUUUGGGUAUACCCAUGACGUCUCAUACCGACGAAAAGCAAGAGGAAGAGGUUCAGGCGCGCGGACAAGAAGAGUGGUUGAGGAAUAUGGCUUUGUGGGGAUACCCACCUGGGUGGACGAAUCGGAACGGGAAUCCUUUGGAAGCCAUGAGGAAAAGGAUACUCAAUCAGUUCGUUGGAGAUGAGGAAGAGGACGGUGGAGAUAGUCUUUACCUUUUUGACGGGGAGGAGAACUCUGAAAUUGUUUCUCUCAACUCGAAGUCGGCCGUUCAGGGUACAAAUGAAGAGACUGUGACUACCGAGAAAAAUGGUAUUUUUGAUGAUGUCCAAACGCCAGCAAGAUGGGCAAGAUAUCCAAAUACUUUUUUCUCUGAUUCUCUUUUGCCGGUCUAUACUGGGUUCGCUUUACCUCCCAUCCCCGGUGAUUCACCGAUCCCUCUACCCCUUCCGCCCCCCGAAAGUCCCCCGCCGCUACCGCCGCCGCCUCCCAAUGACCUCCCGCCACCGUUACCUCCACCACCUCCUAAUGAUCCUCCCCCGCCCUUACCAUCUGAUCCCGUUCCAGGCACUGAGUCGAAAUGUCCGUCCUACACAUUGGCAGAGAAGGAGGAAGGAAUGGAUGAGGACUGUGAUAUGGAUAUGUCGGACGAAGAAUGAUUUUUUGUUACAGUUUCCGAUACGGUAAUCGUCUUCUACCGCUCAUAAACAUUACUGCUGCAUAUCGAAAACAUUCGUAUCGAAUACAACCGAAUGACAUCUGAAAUUGCUCAAAGG